AUGCCUCAAAACCCAAACGCUCCCAAGAUUGACUUCCAUGCUGGACCUGGCACAGGACAAGAGGUUGGAGUGAUGUUCGCCUUCAUCGCAAUAUUCGUCAUCCUCACUUUCGGCUAUCUAGCAUUCUGGAAGAUGGCCAACAAGAAGAACGAGGCUAGGGAAAGGGACAGACGACAAGCCUUACAUGAGAAGAUGGCAGCAUCCGGCGACAAGAAAUAUCUCGAUGAGCCUGUCAAUGAGAAGAAGGUCGAUCGGGACAGUGCUGCGAACGAGGGCUACUCGAGCAGCAUUCACGAAUUACUAACGGCCCGGGACACCAAAACCCUCGUUCACGAAAUCAGCCUGAUCCUCGCGUGUGAAGCUCUCUCAACAACAUUAAGCACACAACAAGGUGGUAUAGUAGGCCCCUCCCCACAUCCACCCCCCACAAGCCUCAACCAUCUCUCAUCCACGACCGCUGACCUCGUCGCACCACAGGACACAACCCCCCUCUCCCACACCUACACGACCACGCACACAACACCCUCAGUAUGUCUCGUCCCGAUCCUCCGCUCCGGCCUCGCAAUGCUCGAAGCCUUCCAACUCCUCCUUCCCGCUACCUCCCCCGCAAUCUCAAUCCACCACCUCGGUCUCUACCGUGAACCCAGCACCCUCCAGCCAGUCGAAUACUACAACAAUCUACCUUACCACAAACCCUCUUCCCAACCCGCUUCCCAAACUGACAGCAAUGGAAGCAGCGUUCCAGAAAUAGCCAUCCUUCUGGACCCGGUCAUAGCGACAGGCGGAACAGCGAGCGCGGCCAUACAGACACUAUUAGAGUGGGGAGUCAUGAAAGUUGUGCUGGUUGCCGUGGUGGGUAACGAGGAUGGGGUGAGGAGGGCUGCUGGGGAGGCGGAGAUGUACAAUGAGGGUGAGGGAGCGGGCGGUGCGGACAAGGAGGUGGAGAUAUGGGUUGGAGCCGUAGACGAGGGCUUGAAUGAUCGUGGGAUGAUCAAACCAGGGCUGGGAGAUGUAGGGGAUCGGUUGUUUGGGACAUUGGGAAAAUGA